GCACAGUUCAUAGUUCUCUUCCUUAUCAGAUGUGAUAGCAGAUGACUAAUAAAUACAAGGUAGUCUUGGGUCAGGCUGCAGAAGAAGAAGAAAGUUCAGAAACGUGUUGAAGCUUACAGCCAUCAUGAAGGUGAUCGUCACAACCUUGGCCUUUGUUCUGAUCACGGGAACUCAAGGUGCAGUCCUGUGGCGAAAUGAGCCCCAAAAACGUCUAGAUAACCUGAAAAAUAGUCUUCAGAACUACUUCAGUCAAGUUAGUGACAAAGCUCGAGACACUAUUGAGCACAUUGAUAACUCUGAGUUUGGCAAGCAGCUAAAUCUAACAAUUUCAGAGAGCUUGGAGAAACUCAACGGAUAUGUUACAGAACUGCAAAGGAUUGUGUCUCCCCUGUCAGAUGAAAUUCGUGAGAGAUUACAGAAAGACAGAUUGCAGCUGGAGGAGAAGAUUCAGAUGGACUUGAAGGAGUUUAAAGUUAAAAUCCUUCAGUACACCAGUGACCUCCGCAAUAAGGUCAAUCUUAGUGUUGAGACAUCCCAGUUUAUGCUGGAACCCCUGGCCAACAGCAUUCAGGAGCAGGUUAUUCAGAAUGCUAAAAUCCUCCAUCAAAGCCUGACCCCUUUAGCUGAGGAAAUCAAGGCAAAAAUUCAGUCCAAUAUGAAGGACUUUAAAAUGAAUAUUGCACCAUUUACUGAAACCGUUCGCAAGAGAUUAGAUGCUCAUCCUUUAACCAGCAAACUCAGUGAAAAAUUCGAUCAAAAGCUGGAAGAGAUGAGACAGACUUUCACUCCUGUGGUCGAGAACUUCCAAAAGUAUCUCACUCCAUAUACUAAAGACCUUAAAAACAAGUUGACCUCUCUGUGGGACAGACUCUACCAAAAUAUUAAUGAAGGGUACUAAGAGAAACCAAAUGACCCAUUUUGAACUGAGUACUGACUGGUCCUUUAUUUCAGUAUUAGCUCCUCGAAGUUCCAAUGUUUACUUUAAUGUACAUGGGUUUUAUUUAUUUUGUAGCCAGGAUACAGCCAAAGUGCUGCGUUAAUAUACACACAACACUGCCUUUACGAGAAGAAUUGUUCCCAUAUUUGGGGAAGUUUGUUAUCACAAAUCUUGUUGUCACAAAUUAUGUUUCCAUCAGGCGAGCUGACAUUAAGGGUAUCCUUUCUAAAUGCACACAAUAGCUUCAUGAAGAAUGUCAGCAUCAGUGGGUUGCCAGGCUAUGUUGCUAUCUGUGAUCAUUACAAAUUAAUCUCUGGCUACAUUAAUCUGAUUUACUGCUGGUAAUAAAAUUGAGGGAAUGUUUUAAUAAUAGCUUUGAAGGGUGUAUUGUCUUGAUUUAAUGAUGUUCUCACGUGCAUUGCAGAGUAAUUGAACUAGUUCUGAAAUGGCAGUGUUUUCUCCGCUUGUGCGGAUAAUUAAACCGGAUAGAAAUCUGUUGAAGGAGUUGGAUAAAACCAUAAGAAUUAGAAUCAGGUAUAAGCAAUUCAUCUCCUUCGAAACUGCUCCACGAAUAAAUAUGAUCAUGGUUGAUCUCAUCUUGUCCUCAACUCCACUUGCCUGCUCCAUACCUAUAACACUUUAGCCCGUUACUAAUUAAAAAUCUAUUUGUUCCUUAAAUUUAUAAAGUGUUGCAACAACAUGACUCUCUGGGUAGUGAAUUCCACAGCUUCAUGACCCAAUGAGACGUAAUUUCUCCGUUUCUCUAUUUUAAAUAUUUCACCCCCUUAGCCUCAAAUUAUGAUCUCUCGUUCUAGAUUGCCCUGCAAGGGGGAGCAUCCUUUUCCAUAUACAUGGACAUUCCCCUUUAACAUCUUGAACACCUUAAUUAGAUCUCCGCUCAUUCUCCUAAACUCGAGUGAGGCGUUGGCCUAAACUAAUCAAUCUCUCUUCAUAAGACAAGACUUUCACCCCUGGAAUUAAUCUUGUGAACCUUCUCCGAACUGCCUGUAAUGAAAAAACAUCCUUCCUCAGAUAAGGGAUCCAGAACUGUACAAUGCUCGAGAUGCAGUCUCACCAAUGUAUCUCGGUUCUUUUUCAUUUUAUUAACAUCCCUUUUCGAGAUUUUUCAAAAUUUCAUCAAGAAUGAGAGUAAUAAGGAAAAGGGGAAUAUGCAUUACCCAAGUGACAGCAUCAAAUACCCCUGGAUUGGUUUCGCAUUGUUUGGUACAAAAUAAAAUUCCUAUUGUGCCGUAGCAAUGCUUUGACCAUCUCCAACAGCAAAGCCUAACCAACUUCCUUUGAGGUUCAAAGGCAUAACUUUUGUCAGUGCCCAGGGACUGACAGAAAACUAACCAGCCCAGCCAUUUCAAUACCUUCAUUUUAAAAAAGCAGACUGGAAGUUGGGUAUUCUUUCUGAAACAUCUUAAGAAUUUGAUUCCAUAGCAAAACCCUGGUUAAAAGGGCACAUUGAUCAAUGAUAUAUUUUUCUAACCCAGAGACUAUUAAUCAUUCUUUUUCACUCUUAAUUUUUCUUUCUGCUUUUAAUUACAAAUUUAAUUUCAAAUGCUAUCAUUUUUGCAUUUGUUUGCAUUAUAAAAUUGCUGUCUUUAGAAGGUCUUGCGCAAUGUGGAGACUUUAAUUCCUCGGGAUAGUCAUAAUCAAUAAGUCUGGAGUGAAACUGUUAUUCCUAAACUCCACAAUCCUAGACCCAGUCACCCCCACUUCUCAUGGCUAAUCCACCUAACCCACACAUCCGUGGGCAGUUUAGCACGGUCAAUUCACCUAAGCUGCACAUCUUUGAACUGUGGGAGGAGACUCACACAGACAAGGCGAAAAGGUACAAACUCCACACAGACACUCACCCAAGGCUGGAGUCCCUGCCGCUUAUGAGGUAGCAUUACUAACCACUGAGCCAACCUGCUGCCCUAAGAGUGCAAACCAGGACAGAAAGCUAUAUUACACUGUUGUUGACCAUAGUGAUUCUCAAUUCAGUUGCUGGUCGAUUGGAUUUGGGACUUGAUUGAAUUCUCAGUUUUUCUGCAGAGCCUUUGAGUGUUAUUUCUUUUCAACACACAUGGGAGAAAGAAGAUCUGUCUUACUUAAAGCUUUUAGAUGUAGGAGUCCCAAUGCUCGUUUCUAUCAGUUCUGUGAUAAAUCUGCAACUUACAACAAACACAUAAGUAACAGCCGCCCAAACUUUUCUUAACUCAUAGGCAACUGGUGCCAGCAAAAUUAUAAAUUCCAACUUCUCACAAAAGGUGCCUGCUCCUGUGGAUGCUGUGAGUAACUUAAUUCCACUUUUGCUUCAAGUUAUUAAAAAUAAUGAUUAAUCCCCCAUUUCCCGAUUCAAACAUAACAUAUUUAGUCAACAAAUGCUGGAGAUCACAGCGAGUCAGGCAGCAUCUACAGAGAGAGCGCAAGCUAACGUUUCGAGUCUAAAUGACUCUUCAUCAGAGCCUUUGCCUUGGAGACGUGAAAGACCAUUUUUAAAUGUAUUUCAUCACAAGGUCAACAAGAUAUAUAGAUGGACUCGUAGAACAACAGGGAACAGCAUCAGUGCACUGUGCCAAAUGAAGUUGUGACAGAGUCUACAGCUACAUUGUCUU